CUGCAUUUGCCAAGAUGCUGUCAUCCAGUGACUUUGCCUCUGCUUCUUGGGAGCUCGUGGUCCGAGUUGACCAUCCAAAUGAAGAGGAGCAGAAGGACAUCACGCUGAGAGUGUCUGGAGACUUGCACAUUGGGGGAGUGAUGCUCAAGUUAGUGGAACAGAUCAACAUACCCCGGGACUGGUCAGACUUUGCCCUUUGGUGGGAACAGAAGCACUGCUGGCUUCUGAAAACGCACUGGACUCUGGACAAAUGCGGGGUCCAGGCAGACGCAAAGCUCCUCUUCACGCCUCAGCACAAGAUGCUCCGCCUCCGCCUGCCGAAUAUGAGGACGGUGCGGCUGUGGGUCAGCUUCUCGGCCGUGGUGUUUAAAGCUGUCGGUGACAUCUGCAGAGCCCUGAAUAUUAGAAGAUCAGAAGAACUUUCCUUGUUAAAGCCUUCUGGUGACUAUUUUAAAAAGAAGAAAAAAAAAGAAAAAAAUAAUAAGGACCCUGUAAUUGAAGAUAUUUUAAACUUAGAGGGCUCUCCAACAAUUUCGGGUCCACGAGUGAGUCCCGGCUUAUACAGUAAAACCAUGACCCCCACGUAUGACCCCGUCAGCGGAACGCCAGCAUCAUCCACCAUGACUUGGUUCAGUGACAGCCCUUUGGCUGAGCAAAACUGCAGCAUCCUGGCCUUCAGCCAGCCCCCUCAGUCACCAGAAGCGCUCGCUGAUAUGUACCAGCCUCGGUCUCUGGUCGACAAAGCCAAGCUGAACGCAGGUUGGCUGGACUCCUCGCGUUCCCUUAUGGAACAAGGCAUCCAGGAGGAUGAGCAGCUGCUGUUACGAUUUAAAUACUACACUUUCUUUGACUUGAAUCCCAAAUAUGAUGCGGUCCGAAUAAACCAACUCUAUGAGCAAGCCAGGUGGGCCAUUCUCUUAGAAGAAAUUGACUGCACGGAGGAAGAAAUGUUGAUCUUCGCAGCACUCCAGUAUCACAUCAGCAAAUUAUCGUCAUCAGCUGAAACACAGGAUUUUACAAGCGAGUCUGAGGUCGACGAAGUAGAAGCAGCACUUUCUAAUUUGGAAGUGACCCUGGAAGGUGGAAAAGCGGACAACACUUUGGAGGACAUUACUGAUAUCCCUAAACUGGCAGACAAUCUCAGAUUAUUUAGGCCCAAGAAACUAAUAUUAAAAGCGUUCAAACAAUACUGGUUCGUCUUUAAAGACACAUCUAUAGCCUACUUUAAAAACAAGGAACUUGAACAAGGAGAACCAAUAGAAAAACUAAAUCUUAGAGGCUGUGAAGUCGUUCCAGACGUAAAUGUAGCAGGGAGAAGAUUUGGAAUCAAGUUACUAAUCCCUGUUGCUGACGGUAUGAAUGAAGUGUAUCUGAGAUGUGACCACGAGAAUCAAUAUGCCCAGUGGAUGGCUGCCUGCAUCUUGGCCUCGAAGGGCAAAACCAUGGCGGACAGCUCCUACCAGCCAGAGGUCCUCAACAUCCUUUCAUUUCUGAGGAUGAAAAACCGGAACUCAGCAUCUCAGGUGGCUCCCGGGCUCGAAAACAUGGACAUGAACCCGGAAUGUUUUGUGUCACCUCGGUGUGCAAAAAAACACAAGUCUAAACAGCUGGCAGCCCGCAUCCUGGAAGCCCACCAGAACGUGGCCCAGAUGCUCCUGGUGGAAGCCAAGCUGCGGUUCAUCCAGGCGUGGCAGUCUCUACCUGAAUUUGGCCUCACCUACUACCUAGUCAGAUUUAAAGGAAGCAAGAAAGAUGACAUUCUGGGAGUUUCAUAUAAUAGGCUGAUUAGAAUUGAUGCUGCCACUGGGAUUCCAAUUACAACAUGGAGAUUCACAAAUAUGAAACAGUGGAAUGUAAACUGGGAAAUCCGGCAGGUGGCCAUCGAGUUUGACCAGAACGUGUCCAUUGCGUUCACCUGCCUGAGCGCGGAUUGCAAGAUCGUGCAUGAGUACAUCGGCGGCUACAUCUUCCUGUCCACCCGCUCCAAGGACCAGAAUGAAACGCUCGACGAGGACCUGUUCCACAAGUUGACCGGUGGCCAGGAAUGAGCAGAUCAGGCCUGGGGGGGGGGGUCUACACAGCCCUGGGGGGCCAAAGGCAGGCCUCCCUGGAUGCUGGGUCCCCUGCCUGCACUGGGUGUCUAUGUUCCAGACUGACAGCCUGUGUCACCACCAGGCAUCCAGACCCUCCCCUCAGUUCAGACACCCUGCCUGCACAUCCCUCAUCUCACUUGGCCCUGUGCUGCCAGCGGUGGAAGAGGCCUCAGUUAACCUCUCCUGGACGUGAGGGGUGGGAGAGAGGAGGGUGCUGGGACGUUGCUCGAAGGCCCAGCGUGUGGCGACAGUUCUGUAACUCGCAGAGCCUGCGGGUGUUACGGCUCCAAGUUGUCCAUGUGCUUACCUGCUUUGUUGCCAAGUUAGCAGAAAAACAAAGGUUAAAAGCGCCUGUGGCAAGGACAUCUUAUUCCACAAACUCAGGUAUGAAAAGAAAUAUUGGGGAAGGAGGGUAGAGCUCAGUGGUAGAGCCCAUGCGUAGUAUGCAUGAGAUCCUGGGUUCAAUCCCCAAUACCUCCGUUGAGUAAAUAAAUAAACCUAGUUACCUACCCCCUGCCCUGCAAAAAAAAAGAAAUAUGUCCUUCUUUAACAGAAGUACUUUUAACUCCCAUCUGGUGAAAAUGGCAGAGGGAGUCCAUGCGUACACUUUUAUCCCAGAGGUCAAGGUCCUGGGAAAGGAGGGGUGACCUGGGACCAGUUGGUGACAAGAGGUCAGAGUAGUGGCCCUCGGUGUCAUCAGUCCACAAUGACACGUUGCCAAGGUGACCAUUAACCCAUCUGGUCUUGGACAGUGGUGCUCUCGGGCUCCUGCCCCACCCACAAGUCCCAUUCCAUCCCUGGGGCUCCCUCCGCCACCUUUAAGUCCCUCCUGAAGGCAUGGUGACACAGGAGCUCAGGGAAACCCAUUCCUCAAAUCCAGCAUGUAUCUCACCUGCUUCUGCUCUAGGCUGGAAGAUGGGUCCAGUUCUAACCUCUUCAUAAAAACCACCUCCCAGCAGUGAGGCUUCCAGCGAAGUCUCCAUCCCAACCCUUCAGGGAGAGACAGGCAAGACCCAGGCAGACCCUUUCACAAAGACCUCUGUGUUCAAGGGCUGGGCCCCUCACUGGCUUCCGCCUCCUGGACCUUUGGCUGGUCCGUGGGGAAGAGAAGCCUUUUCUCAUCACCUGUCAGGGUUCUCCUGGAUUUGGUGUCUGGUUAUAUGACUCAUGGCCUUUCCCCUAAAGGCCUUUUUUUUUUCCAAGUUUACACGUAUAAAUUUCAUUAUCUCCAAGCCACAAUGCCAGUCACACAUGUGCACCCUUUAAAACGGUAACAAACAACAACACACUUAGAGAACAAAACACAGCAAAAAAACACAGUGGACCACCAGAGACAAAUGUCCCAGUGUCUUAAGGUCCAGGAAUCUGGACAUGCUACCCCCUGGACUGAAGAGACAUCUUCAGGUUUAAGGCAAAGGGAACAGCCUACACAAGGCACAACCGCCAGCUGCCACUGGAAGAAUCUUAGUUAUUUCUUCCUUGGGGGUUUGAGUGCCUCUCUCCUGUCCCCACCCCUAGACUUUUUUUUCUCUGCUUUUUGCUCUGGCAUCUCUGCCUUGGGACAUGACUGUGGGCCAAUUAACAGUUGCCUCAAAUGAAUAAACCUAAUUACCACCCCCUAAGUGGGGAGGGUGUAGCUCAAGUGGUAGAGCGCAUGCUUGACAUGCACGAGGUCCCAGGUUCAAUCCCCAGUACCUCCUCCAAAUAGAAAUAAACGAACAGGUGCCUCAAUUGUCAGCUUCUCUUUUGGUUUGGCAGUGUUGGGAGGACUGAGUUUUAAAAAGGUAACAAGCAGUACUGGGGCUAGAGGGAAAUACCAGACUUUUUUUUUUUUAACGUGUAAAUAUUCUCCUGUCACAGAGGACAUGGGUUGCCAGGGUGAGGCAGAGACUCUCUUCACAUUUUGAAGUUCUUUCAGGAUGCAAAGCUCAGGGGGCCUGGCUAGACCUCAGAUGCCCCAAAACACUGGGUGUUGCUUUGUUUUCCAACAAAGCCAUCUGAGAAGACAGAUCUCCACAGUUCUGGGGGCCACCUCGAGUCAGCCUUGGCGGGGGACCCUUAGGCCCUGAGAUAGAAGCUGUCACUGGAAAUCCCUCUUUCAGCCUCUCCUUGGAGGUGAAUGUUAGUUAAGAAUGUUCAAACACCAGCUGAGCUUCUGAGGCCUAGCCGAAAGCUGGGAGGUGGCUUAGGCACUUGGAAAAUCUGGCCCAUGUCAUAAAGAAUUUAGUCUGAAGUGUUUUGUAGAGGAACCAGUGCUGCGUGUACUGCGGUGAACUUGGUGGUGACUUCUCCACAGUCCUGGGCUUCGCGGUUUUAGAUCCUAGCUGGGUCCUACAGUAAGACAGUGCUCCCUGAUGUGACGUUUCACCUGCCUGCUGCCACACACAGCUCUGCCUAAUUUACCAACAACCCUCUUCCUUAGCUUUUCCUCCUUGUCUGGCAUCUCCGUGGAAACACUCAAAAGAGUUGCCUGGUUUUAACCGAACUUCCAGGGGAGCAUUUCUUCCUUGAGUACACUGCCACCUCCCGGAGUAAACAAGUGUGACAAGAAACCCUAAAAAUGCUGCUGUUCCAAAGAGGACACUUUUAUUUUUAAAGACUUUUUUUUCUUACAUUAGGUGCAAAGGUCACCUGACUUCCUAUGAUAAAAUUUGAAAUUAACAUGUGCCUUUCAGCCCUGUUUGCUUUUUUAUCUAUACUACAUGGGUAACUAUGCAUUUUUUUGUUAUCUUAUGUGCAUUUUUUUAAUUAAAAGUUUUAUCUGGAUUUGAA